GGAUGCGCGUCGCGCUGGCAAAACCUCUUGAUAACCCAGGCACAGUAAUGCGAAAGUGGCGGCGUGAGUUCAUCAGCUGGCGUGGCUGAAAUCCCUCCUCCGCUCCGCGGGAUUGUGGAUUGUGAAAAGUGCCAGGAGAGCAACCAAACAGGACCCGGACUACAACAGUUCUCGAGGAUUGUCACUCCGCUGCCUUUCAACGGGAGGUUCCCCCAGUUUUCGCCUGACAGCACACCUCCCGGAGCCAAGACGUUGUUCCGCGUAGACCCGGGUUGCCCCAGUCCGAGCAGCGCAGUCCGUGUGGGAAGGUCGGCACUCGGCGUCCUGCAGGCCGGAGACAUGAUGGUCCACUGUGCCGGGUGCGAACGGCCCAUCCUGGACCGGUUCCUCCUCAACGUGCUGGACAGAGCCUGGCACGCCAAGUGCGUCCAGUGCUGUGACUGCAACUGCAACCUCACCGAGAAGUGCUUCUCCAGGGACGGAAAGCUCUAUUGUAAAAUGGACUUUUUCAGGCGGUUUGGCACAAAAUGCGCGGGCUGUCUGCAGGGAAUCUCGCCAAACGACUUGGUGCGCAAAGCCCGAAGCAAGGUGUUUCAUCUGAACUGCUUCACCUGCAUGGUGUGCAACAAGCAGCUGUCCACGGGAGAGGAACUCUAUGUGAUAGACGAGAACAAGUUUGUGUGCAAAGAAGAUUAUCUGAGCUCCGGGACCAUUAAGGAAGUCAACUUGAACUCAGUGUCGUCGUGUACAGAUCGGAGUUUAUCGCCGGAUCUGCAGGACCCAACACAGGACGACGUAAAAGAGACGGACAAUUCAACGUCCUCAGAUAAGGAAAUGAACAAUAUAGAGAAUGAGGAGCAGAACUCGGGGGCCAAAAGGCGGGGGCCCCGGACCACCAUCAAGGCCAAGCAGCUGGAAACGUUAAAGGCCGCGUUUGUCGCCACGCCGAAACCGACCCGGCACAUCCGAGAACAGCUGGCCCAGGAAACGGGACUAAACAUGCGGGUCAUUCAGGUCUGGUUCCAGAACAGAAGAUCCAAAGAGAGACGGAUGAAGCAGCUGAGUGCUCUGGGGGCCCGCCGGCACGCCUUCUUCAGGGGCCCGAGAAGGAUGAGGCCCCUGGGAGGGAGGCUGGAGGAUCCAGACAUUUUAGGACCUGCGGCCUAUGGUUACUAUGGAGAAUAUCAGGGUGACUAUUACGGACCAGGGAGUAACUACGACUUCUUCCCUCACGGGCCUCCGUCCUCUCAGGCUCAGUCUCCGGCCGAGUCCCCUUACAUCCUGGGCUCUGGACCCGGAGCCAUGGAGGGAUCAGGCCACCACCCUUCAGACGACCACAGAUUCGCAGACAUGAUCUCCCACGCAGAAACCCCCAGUCCGGAGCCGGGCUUACCGAACUCCAUGCAUCCUGUCCCAGGGGAGGCCUACGGGGGUGGACCCAGUCCCCCCUUCUCCUUGGCCAGUAACUCCAGCUACAGUGCUCCUAUGUCCCACCAAGGCCAGGAGAUGGGAGAAACCACAGCCUGGUAAAGGACAAGCCAAUUGGACCAUUCCUGGACUGAAUAUCAGUCUCAUUAAUUCAGGAGAUGAAACUGAAAACAAACACUGUGGAGAGAAACGUACAGCUGAAAUUUCUCUGGUGGACUUUUUAGAGUGGUUUUCCCAGCUGAUGGACAUGGAAUCAAGACUAGGGUAGUUUGCAAACUGCCGCCCAGUUAGCGCUCCAACUCCAUGGAUUACUGGACUUGAAUUAGAAAAAAAGCUUCUCGCCUUCCCCUUGAUUUUAUCGAAAGUAUCUCCUACUGCUCUAGAAACACAUUAGAGAGAAAUGCCAAAGGGGACAUCUUUAGUUUCUUAUUUCUCACCACACUUUUUAAAAAUGUUGCUUCAAAGCGAUAUUAGUUUGCUCAUCCUUUUGCUCUCUUCCUGUCUUUAUUGCUGCUCUACAAAGGACCAGGCGUUAAUAUGCUUUAAUGUUCAACACAUAUGUGGCAAUCAAGACAGGAUAUGUUAAGUCAGAAUCAUUGCUCAUUUUUAACAUUCAUUCACUCGACAUGUCAAAUCAAAGGCUGGAUGGAAGCGACAUCCACACACACGCGUAUAUACAACACCUCUGGCAUUGACUUUCUCAGCACACAUCUCAGCUGUAAAGCCCUUUAAUGCGUGAAAGCAUUCUUGAUCAUAGCUUAAAAGAAGGAUGUCUAUACCAUUAUUCAAAACAUGGACACAAUUAUAUAGACACUUGUACCCACACAUACACAAAUCUCACACCCAUCCAAGCAGCCCUGAUAGUUCUGCUUCGCACGCUGCUUCACCUGACCUUCCUUUUGUUACUGUCCCUUUUAAAAACAUGUUUUAAUGGAAAUGAUUUUCAAAAGAACAUUGAGCCCAUAAUGGAGAAUCUCCUUCAACAGCUGAGGUCUCCUUCCUCUAAAGAGACAAAACAAAAGAGGGGGGAGACAACAUCUGUGACAUUACCUCUGUCUGCUCAGAAGCACUCAGCGCCAUCUAGUGGCCACGGUUUUAAGACACACAAACCAAAAUCGGCUCAAGGCAGCAGCGCAGUCCAGGCCUCUGUAACACCUUUGUACAGCAGUGGACAAAUUCUAUUAAUAGUCCUGAGAAAAGAGGGGACUCUGGACUUGUGGGAGGUUUUAUAGUAGUCAGCACAAAUCCUCCCAUAAGUUUAGACUUUAACUACACUACUACUACUACUACUGUCUCAUCAUACACAACAUGUCUUACACAAACACAUCUGACACUUGUAACAGUGAGUUAGCGCUGUUUGAAAAUUGUUUUAAGACACUUUGUGUUUCCUUUGGACAUUGUAUAAGAUCUAGAAAGAAUGUGUUUUAUUUCUGAUGUACUGAGAUAUUCUUGGAUACAAAUGUGUGUGAGUGUGUUGAUGUGUGAGUGUCUGAAUGCUUGGUGCGCGUGUGUGCGAUUGUGCACGUUUAAGGGGGGGAAGAGGCAAGGCUGUAUUAUUUCUAUGUAAAUAGCACUGGUAAUAAAACCUUCUCUUACAACUU